AUGGUCUCCUGUCCAGACUGUGGCAAAGGUGUUGAAGCAACUUUCAAAUUCUGCCCCUACUGUGGAAAACCUUUGCCUACAGAGGAGCACGAGGGGUCCCAGACCUUUGUCAAGCCAUCUAUGCCAUCCUCCCAAGGCUCAAGGAGAAGGAGGAACACCAGUUCUGAAAUAUCUCCCAAGAAAGUGAAAUGGUCCAGCUGUGCUCCCUCUCCCCCAUCAUCCCUUCUCUCAGAAGGUGACAGUUCUGAAUCUGAAGAUACCUUGAGUACCUGUGAGAAACCCAAAGGGUGCUGGAGCAGAUCCCCAACCUCCUGGAGCAGCCCUCGGACAACCAGGCAGAGCCCUCAGACCCUGAAGCGGAGCCGGGUGACCACCUUGCUCAAGGCUUUGCCAGCAGGGACAGUGCUGAUAGACAAGAGUGGACGGCACUGGAAGCUGAGAUGCCUCCAGAGCAGGGAUGGCCAGGGCAUUCUCUAUGAAGAAAUAGGAUGGACCCUUCCUCCAUUUGGUUUGAAUGUUGAGACCGAUGAGGAUAUGAAAGGUUUACUGCUUGCGUAA